AAAAUAAAUAAAAACAUACUCCUAUACUAUAUAAAAUGAAGAAGAAACAAAUAGAAUAGAAUAGUUUUGUGAUUGGAAAUUGGAAACAAAUGGCGAUGACUUCAAUGGCAUUAUGUGGUGUCAACACGGUCACCUUCCAGAACCGUGCCCGAUACAAUAGUGGAAUUGCAUUUGCAAGUUUGGGAAACAAAGAAAAAACUACUUUGGGAGUAAAAGUUACCGAAGGUGAAGGAAAUUUACCUAAACUCGUUCUCACUUCUCCAGCUGGUAGUGAGGCUGAGAUAUAUUUGUUUGGUGGUUGCAUUACUUCUUGGAAAGUUCCCAAUGGCAAAGACCUUCUUUUUGUUCGUCCGGACGCCGUUUUUAAUAAGAAGAAACCAAUAAGUGGAGGUAUCCCACAUUGCUUUCCACAGUUUGGUCCUGGUGCAAUUCAGCAGCAUGGGUUUGCAAGGAAUUUGGAUUGGACUGUUGGUGAUUCUGAGAAUGUCGAGGGAAAUCCUGUUGUAACUCUGGAACUGAAGGAUGAUACGUAUAGUCGUGCUAUGUGGGAUUUCAGCUUUCAUGCUUUAUAUAAGGUCACACUAAAUGCUAAAAGUCUUUCGACUGAGUUAAAAGUUAAAAAUACUGACAAUAAGGCAUUCUCAUUCAAUACCGCUCUGCACACAUACUUUCGGGCUUCUGUAAGUGGUGCAUCAGUUAAGGGGUUAAAAGGUUGCAAAACUCUGAACAAACAUCCAGAUCCUAAUAAUCCAAUUGAGGGUAGCGAAGAAAGGGAUGUGGUCACUUUCCCAGGAUUUGUAGAUUGUGUUUAUCUUAACGCUUCAGAUGAGUUGCAGCUUGAUAAUGGCUUGGGUGAUAUAAUAUCUAUCAAGAACACGAACUGGUCAGAUGCGGUGUUGUGGAAUCCUCAUCUUCAAAUGGAAGCAUGUUAUAAAGAUUUUGUUUGUGUUGAAAAUGCUAAGAUUGGAAAUGUCCAGCUAGAGCCAAAACAAACUUGGACAGCUGUGCAGCAUCUUACCAUUGCAUGAUCAGUAACGGUGGUUCUACAUUUGCUAUGUUUGGAUAUGUGUUUACUUACAAAUUCUCGCUUCCAAAUGCUAUUUGGCCAUAGAAAUGCUGAAGCUACAAUUUCCUGCUUUUGGUUGUCGUGCGGUGGAAACGUGGUUCCGAACCGGCCUAUCAAUCAUUUCUUGUCUUAUUUGAUUUUCCAACAUGUAUCUUCUGUAUAAUAAUUUACUAAGCCACUAAUAGUUGGCUAGUGGUGAGGGAUUUGAUAAUUUGUGAGAGGUCGUAACAUAAAAGUAUUGAAGCCAAACCUCAUUACAUAUGUAACAUUGUUGUAACAAACAAAAUAAAAUUGUAAUAAUUUUAUUUUCUUUCA